UCCCCGGCCCCUGCGCCCAGCUUCAUAAGUAGCGUGAAGGAGGCGUUCGGUGUCAGCCCCUGCGCUCUGGGGCUCUCGAGUGCCGCCCACGCCUGCCUGGGUGCCCAGGACAUCUGGGGAGCUCCUGUACCUCUUGGGCUGUCCGUGACGGCAGCUGGCCUGGCCUUCGUGCUGGGCGCGCUGCUGGUGCUGGCGGCGCAGGCAGUGUGCUGCUCUUGCUACGUGACGUGCCGGCUGGUGCUGGCGGGCGCCUCCGUGUCGAUCGACAAGAUGCGGGCGGUUCCGAGAAAGCGAAGGUCAUUGGUGGGGCUGAAGCCCGGGGACGUGGUCUUCGUCAACUACGGGGUGGACGAGGAACCCCAGCAUGAGCGCCUGAUCCUCGCGGUCGUGGACCACUGCUGUUGCAUCAUCAUGACCCCAGAUGGGGACAUCUACGCGGAGACCAUCAGCCUGGAGUACCUCCAGAGCUGGGCGCGGCGCGCCGUGUACCGCUUCUCGGCGAAGCCCGUCGGGCAGGAGCUGCAGGACUUGUUCGAGGAGGGCCGCGCCAAGGCGGCUGAGGAGAGGCGCAUGAUGGGCAUUCUGGAGGACGAGCCGGUGGGUGUUGGCAACACCUUCAUGCUUGCGGCGCAGCACCACACCCCGUCGGACAGCUUCGUCAGCAACGGCUCGGUAGGGGAGCAGGAGAGUGAGGUGAUCGAGCACUUCAGGCGCCUGACGAAGAAGGACAGCGACGUGGAGGGCACGGACACUCCCCCGGUGCGAGCACCAGGAGUAUCCAGUUCCGAGGACGCCCGCACAUUGCCUGUGCUGCGCUACAGCGCGGGACGGCGCUUCAGGGACAUGAAGAGUGUGGCGAACAGCUCGGAGAUGUGUGCCUUCGACGACUGGGUGCUGGAGGGGCCGAGUACGGCCUUGUACCUGGUGAAGGAGAUAGCUAAGCAGGCGGCGGGUCCCCUCCAGCGCCACUCGACCUGGAAGCACGAGAACAAGCUGCAGGAUGACGAGCACAAUGCGGUGACGCACGAGAUGCUCUCAGAGAUCCUCGAGCUGGCGACGACGUUCGACCAGCUCGACGUGUCAAACUUGGCGAGCAUGGAGAGCCUGUGCCGCCACAUCCAGUACAUCGAGCAGCGCAUCAAGAAGAAGCGGGGGGCCGGGAAGGACUUCGACCUGCAGGACUACUACUUGGGAAGGACGCGGCGCACGGGCGGCGCGCUGAUGGCCCCGGAGCUUCAGAAGUGGGUGGCCGAGUCGGCGGCCCGUGAUUCGUCCAUCUUGAAGGAGGAGAGGAAGGCUGCCGAGGUGACCUACAGCUCUCCUGAACAGCGCCGAGGUCCUCGCCGUGCUGCUCAGCGCCUGGGCAGGAAGGCGGCCAUCGGCCGACGCUCGAACGACUGCAUCGCCGCCCUCAAAAACCUGCAUGGGGACGGCUUGUUUUUGCCUGGAGGAAGACCCUCGCAGGCGCAGUUUUCGGCGCUUGACGGCGUCCUGCGCGCGGUCGCUGACGACAGGCCGCCGGGCCCGUUGCCCGCCCCCGAGGCAGCCCUUCCGGAGUUGCUCGGUACCGAGGCCCUCGACUACGCGUCUGAGGACCUCUCCGUUGUUGCACCGUAUGAUCGCGGCUUGGUCUCGUGGCCGGACACCGCAGGCUCGGUUGACUUGCUGGACGUGUUGCCAGACCCUGACCGCCAGGAGGUGACCGACGGUCCCCGUGCGCUUCUGCUUCGGGCUGAGGAGGAGCCGCCAGCGACCUGCAAGGUCGACUGGGACAAGACGCUCAAGGCGGACAGAGGCGAGUACGUCAGGUUCGUGCAGGACCUGCUGAACAGGGGCAUGGUGGAGCUCCGUACUCGCCGUGAUUUUGAGGUUGGGAUAUUCUUCGUGCGCAAGAAGUCAGGCAAGUUGCGCCUGAAAGUGGACGCCAGGUCCGUCAAUCAGAACCUCAGGCGGCCCACUUCAAUCCAGCUGGCGUCGACCGCGGCAAUGGUCGGGCUGGAGGCGGAGCCUGGGGAUAGGCUAGAGUUCUCGAUUCAGGGCAUCGCCGACUGCUUCUACCAGUUCAAGGUGCCGGACUACAUGGUGCCGCGGUUCGGGAUGAGGCCCGUCAGGGCCGGCGAGGUGGGGGCCAAGACCGUGCAGGGCGAGCCGGUUCUUGCAGGCGCCUGGGUCUACCCCUGUCUGCGGGUGCUGCCCAUGGGCUUCUCGUGGGCCAUGAGAUGGACGCAGCAGGCUCAUCGAGAGCUGCUGCGGCGAGCAGGGCUCGGGGGCGUCGAGAGCGAGCUGGUGGGCCGCCAGGUGCCCCCCGCGACCUCGGCAGCGCAUGUUCCCCGCAUCGUCUACGUGGACAACGAGGUCUUCGUCUCGUCUCGUCCCGGUGCCUCUGCCGACGCCAGGCGGCAGGCGGCCAAGGAGAUGUCCAGCAUCGGGCUGCCGCUGCACGAGGUGGAGGAGGGCAAGCAUGUCGUCGAAGCGCUGGGCCUGGAGCUGGACGGCAUCAAGCUUCGGCGCCGCCUGGCCUCUUCCAAGCGGUGGCGGCUGGUGCAGGGCACGCGCGCGCUCUUGAGGCGGCGGCUGGUGGCCGGCAGGGAGGUCGAGAAGCUGAUCGGCCACUUCACGCAUGCCAUGUUGCUGAACCGCCCAGCGCUUUGCAUCUUCCGCGCCGCCUACGACUUCGCUCGGAGGCACUACCGGGCGCCUAGCUUGCUCUGGUCUUCAGUGAGGCAGGAGCUGCAGAACGCCAUGCACACCAUGCCGCUGCUCGCGGUGCAAUUCGAUAUGCCGUGGUCGGGGUUGGUCACCUGCUCGGACGCUACGCUGAGGGGCUACGCCGUGCAGGAGGCUGACUUCCCGGUGUCCGAGGUCAGGCAAGUGGGGCGCUGGAGUGAACGCUGGCGCUUCAAGGCUCACGGAGAGGUGCCUGAGGCGUGUAGCAGCGCCUCCCGCGCUGGUUGGUGCAGGCGCGCCUGGCAUCCCCCCGCCGUCGGCGGGCCGGCUCCCGAGAGACAGCUGCAGCGGCGGAGCGGCCCGGUGCCCAACGCUGUCGUCGGGCCAUGGCAGAGUGGCGGCGGCCCAGGUUACCUCGACAGGGCGGCUGCGCGGCUCAUCGACGAGGUCUCGCCGAUCCCCUGCGAGGUCGAGAGGAUAGCUGGUACUGGUGGGCCGACCGUCCUGGAGCAGGAGAGCAUAACGGCGAAGACCAAGGAGGACUACGAGCGGAGGCUGGAGCGGUUCUUCGGCUUCUGCAGCAUCAACGACCUGGCGCUCGACACCGACCUGCUGCUCGAGGAGGCCCUGGUGGAGUACAUGGACCUCCUGUUCGCGCAGGGGGGGCCCUGCAACAGCGGGGCCAAGCUGCUGGCGGCAGUGGGCCAUCGCUGGCCAAGGCUCCAUCAUGCCGGGCGGAUGCUGAAGCUGCCGAGGGUGGCGAAGGCGCUGCAGGGCUGGCGACGUCUGGUGCCGCCAGUGACGCGGGCGCCCGUGCCGUGGGCCGCCGUGGCGGCCAUCUCGCUGGCACUGGUCAGGCGCAAGCAGCCGCUGGCGGCUCUGGCGGUGGUGCUGGCGGCAGACGCCUACCUUCGGCCAGGCGAGCUGCUGUCGGUCCGGGCCAAUCAUGUGGUCCCAGCCCAGUCGGCGGCCGGGGGCGAUUACCGCUUCGCGUCGCCGGUGCUGAGGCCAGAGGAGGAGCUGCAGCCGACCAAGACGAGAGGCUUCAACGACUCGAUCCUUCCGGACAGCGUGUCGAGGCCCUACCUGGGCGCGCUGGUGGAGCGGCUGGCGAAGCAGAAGGGCUUCUCGGCGGAGCUCCUCUUUCCGUGGCCGGCCGCGGCUUUCACUGCCAUGUUCAAGCGUGCCGCGGCCGACGUCGGCCUGGAGGCUUGGGAGCUCACGCCGUGCAUCCUCAGACAUGCAGGCCCGUCACACGACUGGCUGACCAAGGCGCGGUCCUUGGGCGGCAUCAAGCGGCGCGGGAGGUGGAUCUCCGACAUGAGUGUACGGAGGUGCGAGAAAAGCUCGCGGGUGAUGCGGCGCCUGGCGACACUCCCGCGGGACUGCCAGCUGCUGUUGGCCGAGUCGGCCAACAACCUCGAGGCAGGGCAUAGGUUCGGGCACGUCGGCAGGUUCGAGAGCAGGCGCCAAGACGCGGGUCUCGCGUGA